GGGUGAAGGGUACUGAUUUGGGUAACUCAUUGGGGGCUGUAUGGCUGGAGAAUAGGGAUUUGGAUAUUGUGACCAUAUAGGGGUUGGAAUUUCCAUUAAAGGAUUCAGUGGGCGGAGAUUUCUCCAAGGUUCUCGGUAAUAAUAAUUCUGGUACGGCGGAAAUGGGUUGGUGAAUCGGUGUGAUAAAAAAUCAGGAGACGCAUAAUUGCCUGGAUAGGGCAUGGGGGAUGAGUUACGUAUCAAUUUGUCGUGGGAAAAAUCACACAUCUCUUUCUUCAGACAGUACCCUCUUUUAUGCAGAAAAGGACAUGGUAUAUUGCACUUCCGUGUUUCAGAUGGUUUUGGGUGUUUAAAGUCGCAUCGAUCGCCUUUAAAACAUCUACCACGGCGUAUGAGAAAAGGGCACGGGACAGAGGUUUUUAGAGACGGAUUGUAUUUGGGUUUUUCCCUUUCGCUGUUAAUUGACUGCUGCGAUACCGAUUUCAAGUUCGAAUUUAAGCCUUUGUGUUUAUUAUUUUUAUUCUGCUGUUUUGGGAAAAGCACGGCAUCAUCAUUUGUAAGGUCAAUGUGAUUAUUCUUCAAAUCGUCGGCAUUGCAUUGGCUGUUGUCAUUAUGCCGAAUAAGGCUAUUGUCAUGAGAGGUUUUUAGAGAUGGAUCGUAACUAAUACGGCUAUUGUCAUGAGAGGUUUUUGGGGACAGAUCAUAUCUAAGUUUAUUCCCUUCUAUGUUGGUUGACUGCUGCGAUUCGGAUUGCAAGUUCGAAUUUAUGCCUUUGUGUGUAUUAUUUUCAUUCUGCUGUUUUGAGGAAAACACAGCAUCAUCAUUUGCAAGGUCAAUUUGAUUAUUAUUCAAAUCAUCGGCAUUGCAUUGUCCGUUGUUAUUAUGCCGAGCAAGACUAUUGUCAUGAGAGGUAUUAAGUAAUUCAGUGUUAAUUGAGCUGAGGUUACUUUUGUUAGAUUGUUCACUGGCAUGAAAAGCGGCCGCUUUGUCAAUACUUUUAGCUUUGUAAACUGAUGAGCCAGGUUCUUUGUCUUUAUUGACAUUAUAAGUUAUCUUGAGAAACGACUCUUCAAGAGCCAACAGCCUUGCUUUAAGGAAUUGAUUCUCUUCGUUAAGAGUACAAAUCACAUCGUCUUGGCGUCUUAUAGCGGCUUCCGAUUCUUUCUGUUUAACUCUGAGCAGAUCAACAUCUGACUCAAGCUCAUUUUUGGAAAUUGCGGCAAAUAAUCGCGAUUCUAAAAUUGUUAUUUCAAGCUUCAAGCCCUCUAGAUCAACAGAGCAGGAACAUUUACAUACCUCCAGUACAGCAGGAUGUGCUGUAUCGCCAUCGCUAACAAUCACUCCAUCAGUACCAUUCUUGCUAUCAGCUUUGUUUCUUUUACUCUUGUUCACCAAGCUCUCAAACUUCUGUGUUAAAAAGUUCUCAGCACUGUCUACUAGAAUCACAAGUUAAAGGGAGUUAAGGGACCCUAUAGUCAUUUUAUAGUCGAAAAGCCACCUUAAGUAGGGGACUCCACGGAGAUUCGUUUGGCUGUAUCUUACAUGCAGUAUCCAUGAAUAUGAGUACUUCCGCACACCGGAAGACGCAUGCAUGCCGUGAUGCGCAUGUCAAGUAGCGACAAUAACAACUAGGGAUCCAAGGAUAGUGCAGAGUUUCAAAGACAAACGCUACAAGGCAUGCUUAUUAAUUGAAUAGCUUUUCAAGCGUGGCUUAUAGCCUUAAUUACAUGUCGUCACAUGGGUUACACUACGAAAUAAACAGUUAUCAUAGGCAUUUCAUCUCAUUAUCUAUUGUUUUUAAUGCGUUCGGCACACGAGUAACCCGACGUUUAAAACAAGCCUAACACAUCAGAAACGUCGUGCUUCGUGGAACUGACACAAUGUAUUGAAGCUGUCGCCAAGUAUCCCCACAAAGCUACUGAUAUGCUAAACUUAUUUCAAAAACUCAUUAAUAAUUCAGGAGCAAAACACAAAGAAAAAUCAUAAGCGUGUCGUGGUUUUAUGUGAUAAAAAAUCACGUAAUUUACAUAAACUUUAGCUUUGAUUUUCUCGGUUUAGACAAAGUUUAUUUUAAAAAUUACUUCGCCAAUGAACUCGUAUAAGAUGAGUCGUUUUUGAAGCUAUUUAAUUAAAGCACUUGUAGUCGUGUUUUAUCACAUAUAAACACUCCGCUACCUGUCGUGUUUUAUAUGUGAUAAAACACUCCUACGCGUUUUUAAAUAGUACUUAAAUCUAUGAUUAUUGCCAAUGCCAUCAUCGUUUUAGCGCCCAUAUUGUACAUUUGACUAUUUUCCCAGUCACAACUUUAAUUGAAAUAGCUGUAUAAGAUAUGUUGAAUAACACGUUGGUCCAAUUUAGCAAAAGUACUCCCACUUGUGCGGGCUUGUAUUGUCAGCGGACAUCUUACAGAAAGUGGCCAGUUCUGUGCAAAAUGUAGCCUGAAAUGUCAGGCGUUCUCCCCGCUUGUACACGGGGAGAGACGCCUGAAAUCUGAGCGCGAUAAUGCCGUCCGGUGACGUCAAGAGCUUUUCGAAUAAUUAUUUUGGAAUAAAUUUUAUUAAACAAAAUGGCGGCAAAAUAGGAACCGCCAGUGCGUAGAAUUAUACAUAUGGAUGAGGUGUUAUGCUUUCUCUGCUUAACCAAUCUUAGUUCAAGCAAAUCGAGAAUCAACGUACGUGGUCGUUCUUCGUUCCCAAUAGAACAGGAAAUAAGAAAACUGCCUAUCAGUCCUCGAAUAGAUGAUAACACACGUAUAUGCUCGGGGUGUUUAUUAUUAAGGAAACUCCGUAGAAAGAAAACUGUUGAGGAAAACCUGCAAGAGGCGAUACGAGAUCUUGUUAAAAAUUAAAAUCCAGACCCCGUUGGUUCGUCUCUCCCUGACCAUCAGUGUGAUACGAAUUAAUUGGUUUAAAUUAGAAUAUAAAUGUCAUUUAUUGCAUGGAUUUUUAGAAAGUAGUUAAUAGUUUUAGACAAUUUGGGCUUGUUUAAAUUAGCAUAUAAACCUUUUUACUGUAUGGAUUUUAUUAGGAAGUAGUUAACAUUUUUAAAGUGACAUUACUAAUAAUUAUAAAAUUUUAAUUUGUGUUGUAUGUAUGUAUGUAUGUUUGUGGGUAUAUAUAUAUAUAUAUAUAUAUAUAUAUAUAUUGUUUGAAAAGCCCUUUUGGGAGCAGGCAAUGUUAUACCGACUUCAUUCCUCUGUUUAAAAGUACUCCUACAAAGAAAUCUGAUGCUAUAUCGAAUGGUUCAGCCGGAACAUGCCAGACAAGACAAACCGAAGCUGGCAUGACGGUGAGUAAAUUUGCUCGGUCUGUCAAGGGUAGAUCAUCUAAUGUCCCAUUGGACCUAGAUCUUGAACAUGACAAUAAGGUUCUAAAAGAACAAGUCAUGAAACUUGGUAGAAAUCUGACAGAGAAGGCAGUCUCAACAGUCUGUAAGUUCCAGUUUGUUGGUAGUACAAUGCUUGACAAUUAUGACAAAUGUAUUAAGAUGAUGAAAAAGACUGGAAAACAUACUGUCAAGGGCCAAAAUUUAUUAUAUUUCUCACUCCUUUGGCAUCAACCCCCAUCCCAAAUGCAAUUGCACAAAUGAGUACUCUUAUAUGCCCACUACUAUCUGCCGUUGAAUUUAAUAUGGUUUCUUUCACACUAUCUGGUGUUCUGGCAUGCAUCAUCUCCAACAACCGUUCUUUCUGGUUUGGUUUAUCAUUAUGAAUGUAGAUUUUAGACCCAAGUAUUGCAGAGAAGAUUGAAAAGAGAGUGCUGCAUUGAUUUACAGUUUGACAAUAAAUUAGUCCUGUCACACUGUAUACCGUUGGAUUUAAGCAUACAUAAUAACCAGUCAAAGUACUCAGACUUAGACAUUUUCACAACAGCAUAAGAAAUGUUACUCCUUUCAGGAGAAACCAUGAUAAAUUCAGGACUUCUCAUGUUUAAUGCAUUGCAAAUUUUUUCCCUUGUUGAUUUCAUAGCUCAAAGCUGUGGCUGUCACGGCAACAAAUGGAGUAUUACUGGGAAGCAAUGACCUCAACUGCUGAAUGUUGUUGUACCAUACCCGGAAUGCUAUGCUUCCUGAGUUACCACUUUGGCCCUUAUAUAAAUGCAUGUAUUUGUUAUUAAAAAAAUUACAACAAAUAUAUAUAUUACAACAAUAUGAAUAUCAUAUGUUUUGUGCUUUUGCAUAGUUGAAAUAUAUAUCUCGAAAUAAAUCAAAAGUUCAGUGUAUAAAAAUUGCAUGAGUUAGUAAUAUACGAAGAGACUGAUGAUAAUUCGAUUUUGGUAGACCCGUCAAGUUUUAGGAUAGCAAAAAAGCGUAGGGUUUGCUGUAGAGCUCUACAGCGCUACACGAAGCGUGAAAUCUUACACAGCUGUUAUGUAGAUCAAUACCAGAAGUAAACCAGGGUUGAAAAAUUAUGUUGCCAUAACAACAGAAUUUUCCGACUGGUGUCUUUUCUGGAUAAAAAAAUGCUGAACCGUUGCUUCCAAAAAAAAAAUGCUGAACCAACUGUAGGGCUCUACACCCAACUCGCCGCCAAAUGUCUUAUCCUAAAACUUGACGCAUUUGGAUAUGUAUGCUUUAUAUUGUCAGUCGACAAAUAAUGUAUGUAUUAGAUACUGGCAUACUGCAAUAUGACGUUUACAUUUCAACACAAAUUGCAAGAGCACGUACGUUGUUAGAAAAAACAAAUUACAGUAUAUUUUAAUAUACACACCAAUGGGUGAUACAGUGGGCUUCAACUACGGCCACAGCAAUUACAUUUAGAUAGGAGAACUGACCAUCCCACGCCACUGUUCGUUUGCAAGCAUUGCUUCAGGGGACGAAUACACAAUGUUUAUUUCACCUUUUAAAAUCUUCUUCAGAUUAUCAAAAUCUUGUUCCUUCCCAAUAAAUGAUGCAUUUAUGCUUUAGAUAUUUUACUUGAUCAUUCAUUAAGGACACUAGCGGAGAAAUAACCAGUACAAUUGCAGUUCGCGUUUUAUCAUCUAACUGUGCCAUUUCUUCUACAAUCAAAGGUGCAAGCUGAUAUAGAUUACGGACUUGCCAUAGCCAGUUGGAAGGCUUACAAACACAUCUUUUCCAGAUAUCAAAUAAAACAAUGCCCACUUUUGUUCUGGUUUUAAUUCAGCCAAACCAAGCCGUGGCAGAAGAGCCUUUACACUUGUUUCGAAUCUUUCUUCGAAGCUACAAGUACUAGUAUCAAAUUGCAACUCCAUGUUUACAUUUAAAAACAAAAAUGCCUUAAUCCAAUUACGUAUUAUACAACCAAUUAGAAACGUUCAUUUAUCGUAGGUGACUACUGGCCAAUCAACUUUUACUUUACAUUAUUCGAAAAGCUCUUGACGUCACCGGACGGCAUUAUCGCGCUCAGAUUUCAGGCGUCUCUCCCCGUGUUCAAGCGGGGAGAACGCCUGACAUUUCAGGCUAUGCAAAAUGCAAAACUUUCAAUUUUUCACCGCAAUUUCGCUGAAAAUGCGAGCCUGCGGUAUUGGGAGAAAAUUUGCUGAAUAUGACCAGCGUGUAAUAAGCACUACGACGUUGUAUUCCAUUACAAAAAAACACAUAAAUCUAAAACACAGAAACGUAAAAAAGAGGAUUUAUCAAAUCCGUUCCGUUCCGCAUUUUAUCUCCAUAUCCGUUCCGUGGAUCCGCUCCGUUUUGCAUCCGCUUCCGCAUUUUAAACUAGUUGUGACGUGUCACAAUAACAAGCUCACUAACCUUUGAGUUAUUUCGAAGGUAAGGUCAUGUUCAUGAUUCAUUUUCAGCUUUUCGCAUGUAAUCAAUAUUUCAAUGGUUUCACAGUUAUAGCAGUGUUUAUAGCAGUUUUGACAAGCUUUGAUACAGAUAGAUUCUCGUAAGAUCUGGUAGAGUUCUCGUUGCACACUUGCACUGAAGUCUGAAGUGACUCUGAACACGAGUUUGCACCAUUGACGUUGUGCCAGACACGUAAACCAAGAUUUUCUCAAUAUUUAUGUUUGAAAUGUUUAUACGUUUGAAAGCAACACUGUCUCGCUGUUUCCUAUAGCUCUGCACAAUGAAUAUACCGUCAAACUAAUAUCGGCACUUGAAUGCAUUUAAUACGUGCAUAACAUCAAUUUACAUAUUGCGUAGUAUCUCAAAGAUUUUCUCAAUAUAAUACACGUCUGAAAUUUUUAUACAUUUGAAAACAACACUGUCUCGCUGCUUCCUAGCUCUGUACAAUGAAUAUACCGUCAAACUAAUAUCGACACUUGAAUGCAUUACGUGCAUAACAUCAAUUUAUAUAUUGCGUAGUAUCUCAAAGAUUUUCUCAAUAUAAUACACGUCUGAAAUGUUUAUACAUUUCGAAACAACACUUGUCUCGCUGCUUCCUAACUCUGUACAAUGUAUUUACCGUCAAACUAAGUAAUAUCGGUACUUCAUUGAAUGCCCGUAAUGCAUAACAUCAAUUCAUAUUGCGUAGUAUCUCAAAGAUUUUCUCAAUAUAAUAUACGUCUGAAAUGUUUUAAUAUACAUUUGAACUGUCUCGCUGCUUCCUAGCUCUGUACAAUGUAUAUGACAAUAUACCCUCAAAAUAAUAUCGGCACUUGAAUGCCCGUAAAUCGUAAUGCAUAAGUACAUAACAUCAAUUUAUAUAUUGCGUAGUAUCUCAAGGAUUUUCUCAAUAUAAUACUGACACGUCUGAAAUGUUCAUACAUUUGAAAACAACACUGUCUCGCUGCUUACAAAAAUUUACAAUAACGACAACGAUUCCUCGAAAUUUUUGUGAACUUGGCAAAAGAAUAAAAGAAUAUUUAAAUAAAACAACUUAAAUUGCCUAAAUAACCUUCAAAGCACAAUAAAUCACUACAAACAUAAAUCGUAUACACAUAAUACACCCCCCGGAAAGUUAACUCUAUGACUGAUUGAUCACUGACUGAUUGAUCACUGACUGACUGAUGUGAAUUUUCCCAGUCAUCACAAUAGUGCACAGUUUCAAAGAAACUCUGCACUAAAAAUGCAAACAAUACUUACUUGACUAAAAAAUUACUGUAGGGCCCCUUUAACAAUGUCAAGGCGGGUCAAGGUUUUAUCAAAAGCGAUUGACUGUUAGAUUUACUUUACAACUUAAGAGGGUCUCUCAGUAAAAUCCACUCACUGGUUUGGGGAAGGAAAAAUAGAUUUAGCUCAUAUUUUGCAUAUGAACUAGACUUUGGUCAAUAUUAAUCGAGCUUCUUUCAGAACGUUUCAACUUUCUGUUUUAUAGGAGUUAUAGCCAUGUUAAAAUUUGACCUUGCGAGAAUAUUUUCAGACCGGAAAUGAAGGGGAAUUUUACAAGAAUUCAUCUGAUAUUUUAAAAACGUUGUGAUGCGUUUAUCCCCUCCAGUUACUGUUCACAUGCAAGAUUAACACUAAAGCCCAGGUCACACUACACAACGAUAACGAUACGAUAACUUGUAUACGCGCGCUGAUUGGUCAAAAAUUUAUCGUUAUCGUCCGACUGAAAAAAAAAUCGCUCAGGUGAGCGAUUUUAAAAUCGUUAUCGUUAUCGUCUAACGAUAAUUUUAUCAAUUUCGUUGUUGUGUGGACACUAACACAAUUUUUUUGCCAAUUAUCGCGUGUUUACAAUUUAUCGUAUCGUUAUCGUUGUGUAGUGUGACCGGGCCUUAAUACUCUCGUUUACAUGGAGAUUGAACAACCUUAUUUGCUUAAUACGAUUUUUUUUAUAGUUUUACGAAACUAUGUUUUCAAGAUGGCGACGAGAGGCUGAAAAUUGCUCAUAUUUUACUUAAAAUAGCUCAAAAGUGGCACCUAUCUGAAGUUCAAAAGGGAUGUAAUUUGAAAGUAUACCUACUAAAGUUAACCAAUCAGGAAUAAAACUCGUCUGCAAGCUAUUUUCUGAAAAGUUAUAAAUCUCCAAAUUGGGUCUAUUUUUAGCUGUUUGUUUACAUUCGCGUGUUCGCUGAUCAGCGACACUAGUAAUUGAAGAGUUAAAAUAAGCUGAUUUAUUACCCAUAAGUAGACUUUUUUAGCUUGUUCAAAAGAAUAUAUACAAUUUUGUGAAAAUAUAAUUACAAUAUAUACAAGUGAUCGUGUACAGAACUUCUUGAAUUCGAAUUGCUUUACAUUUAUACUUACCUUACACUUGCACUAAUUAUACACUUUCACUAUAAACAUACUGUAGUACAGUUACAACGAUUCUGCUGGUAUCUACGACCCUGAUAUCUUUUAAUGUUAUCAAAUAAUAUUAUUGGUAAUAUAAUAAGAACUUCGUCAAAAACAUUGACACAAUACCAUAAUCUCCUGAUAAUGACUUUGAUCUGCCGCUCCCACGGCGGGAGGUGCAUGUCUGAACGACCAAUGUGAGUAGAAAACUUACAUAAGUGUCUCUGUGCGAUGUUUAGGUCAUGAAAUAGUGCUACAGGUAAUAUCGGUUUAAUGCACUUUGCAGAAACUCCCAUGAUUUUGAUGUCGCCCAAUAUGAUAAUCGGAAUCCUGUUUAGCCGAAGGGUUGCUAUUUUUAUGAAAAUGCGUGUACUGACCCAAGUUUAGCUCGAUUAGACAAAUUUGGGUAACGUUUGUUUAUACCCAAUUCACAACUUUAUAUAACACACAUGCCUAGUUACUAUGGUUCUAGAUUACAAAAGCAUAGAAUAGAACAAAGGUAACUAACUCUUAUUGUUAUGUAGUCUUAUAACUCUCUAUUUGCCGAUUAGUCAAAACCGUGUCACGUCCCGGUCCACAAAACCUCAUGUUCGGCAACCGGUCCGCAAUGAAACAUUUAUUGACCAGUCAAUAAUAAAAUGGGUGCAAUACGCAUGCGUGUCAACCGCGAAGUUUCAAAGUUCAUAUUUUAAACUUUUUAUUUACGGAGUUCCAUUUAUCCAGUUUUGGUUUCAAAUUAAGUUCACUACAAUAAUCGGUGAAUUAUUCAUACAUUAACACUUAUAUACUAUCUAUAAGUGGCUCUGGUCCGCAAAACACACUGUUUCCCUCGAUCUCAGUAAAUAUAAAGUGAUAAUACAUAAGUUUAAUGUUUAGUUACUUUUGUUCUAUUCAGUCUAUGCUUCUGUAAACUAGAAUAAUAGUAACUAGGCAUGUGAGUUAUCCAAAGCUGUGAAUUGGGUAGCAACGAUGUAAACAACGUUACCCAAAUUUGUCUACUGGGUUCAUUUUUAUAUAAGUCUAUAUCCACUGAUCUCAUAUUGACAUGAUAGACCCAAUUGAAAAUGAAACUGAUCUAGUAACAGACUGGAUAGUCAUGUUUGUCAGCUGUUCCUGGGUAGGUAAAAGUGCCCUGCUAUGGCAAGUAUAAGUUCAUUAUGAUAAAUUUGCACCACAUUUUGAAUUUAUCAUAAUAAUAAAUUCGCGGCACUAACCCCUAACCACUAAUCCCCUAACUCCUAACCAGUAAUCCCUAACUCCUAACCCUAACUUUUUUAACCGUUUUAAAUUUUUUAAACUUUUUUGAAAAUCUAACUUUUUAAACAUUUUGCUUUUUAAAACUCUUUUAAUUAAACCUUUUUUAAAAACUAUUUUUUGAAAAUCUCUGUCUCUUACUGCAGUAUUUCUGUUAUUGUAGCGGUUAACAAAUUAUAGGGAAUGUAACUGUGGGCUCAUUUCAUAGUUUAGAACCCAGACUCUCACGGACAGUUUUGGCGCGAAACUAAUUCAUUAUAUGCGAACGUUCAUAGAGUUUACAGUUAACGUUUAGAGACUUGCGAUUUUUUGAUAUUCUAUUUCAUACCUGCGUGUAUUUAUAGUAGACGUAAUUCGUUUUACGUCAAGUGAUUCAAGUUUAAUAUAAAAGAAACGAAACGUUGCGUUGAGUUACUUGUCAGUUCAAAAUAUAAACGAAUUAAUCCUGACAAUUGCGUAUAAUACACGCAGAUUGCGAACGUCAGGAGCUACAGUAAAACGAAAUCAUCUACAGAAAGAACUCAAGGCUUUCCUGUAUCUUGUUUGAAGGUUUGAAGUCAUUGGAUUGUUUACGUACCUUUAUAUAUCUAGCGAACUGUCUUUGAUACUUGAUAGUUUUCUGAAAUAAACAAGGCGUACGGCGCCAUCUUGGACGCCGUCGGGAUAUAAUCGGAAGCGAAUCGGAACGCAUUCGUAAACAUUGCGUAAUAGCGAAAUGAGUAACGAAAAUACGGAAAUUUGUCGCGAAAGUUUAUGCGAAAAUGCUGAAAUCGUCGAAGGAGCAAAAAAUACCGACAAAACGGAAGAUUUACAGAAAUUACCACCAGAUCGCGACGUGGUCAUGCGUUUACAAGAUCAAUUUCACAUUGCUUCUAAAAUUUGGAGGAAAGAAAUGAAUGACUUGAGGUAUAAACUCGUGAAUGAGAGGAACAUCAGCUCACUCGAACUUGGGUCUCAAGCCUUGUCGGAAUGCAUGAAAGAACUAACAUCGGCUCAAGAUGCACUUGAAAAUACCUUGGAAUCAGCUGUAGAAAGAAUGACCUUAUUCACUAAAUUUGAGAACACAAGUCGUGAGACGAACGCCAUUCUCAAGGAAGUUAACGAGGUUAUUUACGAAUUAAAGAUGGUUAAUGAUGAUCGGUCAUCGGUUGCUUCUUCCAGACGAAGUAAAAAAUCCUCAAGAAGUAAGUCCUCUCGUUUAACCACAGCAAGCACAACUUCAACGGCGCGACAACGUCGACUCAACUUAGAAGAAGAAUUAGCUACUUUAAAGGCCAAGAUGCAUAUGGCUGGAAAGAAGGAAGAGUUAGACGAAGCCAAUCGAAAGGCUUUAGAAAACCUUGACGAGUUAAGGCUUCAACUUCAGAAAGAAGAAACGAGAGUGAAGGAAGAAAUACAGAACGCCACGAAGAGAUUCCAAAUUGCAGAGGAACUAGCAGAAAAGAAGGCAAGAAUUGAUGCGUGCAAAAAAUUCGAAGAAGAGUUCGCACCACUACCUUUGGUAGACAGCGAUGAGGCAAGUUGUGCCCAAGAACGCCUCGCAAGAUUUCUAGGGCUCCAACCGGACAUGCCAAAUGCUGAUAACUCUGUACGAGAAAACACAACUGCUGCCGAGUCCACGCCACCAAACGACCCGAAAUUAACGCCAGAGUUAUGCCCAUUAAAUCCGUCUACUCCUGAAUUUGUCCCUAAUGCUGUGCCAUCCAUCCCCACAAACCAGCAGAACACUAUACCUCCCGUGAUCGAGAAAAUUGUAACCAACCCUGUCCUCAACGAACCUAGCCUUGUUCAAGCUCAACUUGACGUAAUUUCAAAAUUAUUAGAAGUUCAGAAUCAAAAUCGUCUACCAUUGCCCGAACCUGGAAUCUUCAAUGGCGAUCCCCUCCAAUUUCCAAUUUGGCUAAAGGCAUUCGAGACACUGAUCGAAGGUCGAGCAAUAAAUCCUGCGGAAAGGCUCCACUUCCUAGGCAAGUACGUCACAGGUGAGGCGAAGGAACUGAUUAAAGGAUUCAUGCUCUUAGACGGUGAAGAUGCCUAUCGAAAAGCAAAAGAAAUGUUGUCGAAGCGUUUUGGUGAUUCAUUUGCUGUUGCAGCUGCCUUUCGACGGAAGCUCGACACUUGGCCGCAAAUAUCCCCGAAUGACGUACAGGGAUUAAGAAAUUACGCGGACUUUCUAGUUCAGUGCGAGAAAGCGAUGGAAAAGAUUAGUAGCCUGAAGGUCCUGGAUGAUGAUCAAGAAAAUCACAAGUUAGCAUCUAAGUUACCAAGAUGGACAUUGGUCAGAUGGGGAAGACGAGUCUACGAUUGGAAAGAAAAGAACCACAAUUUCCCCCCGUUCUCCGAGUUCGUGAAAUAUCUCGUGACCGAGUCCAAUAUAGCUUGCGAUCCAGUUAUCAGCCGUUUUAAGGAAGACGACUCUAAGAAAGCGAAGAGUCGACCGUACGAAAUACCGAAUCGCAGGAAUCGUCCGAAUCGAGAUGAAUAUCGCAGUCGAAACACACUCGCAACACGAUCAGAAGAAGGAGAUCAGAGCAAGGAAAGACCUAACGGCGAAGCAAAGCAGACCACCUGCAUACUGUGUAAUGGACCUCAUGAACUGAACUCGUGUCAGUCGUUUUGCGCAAAGGAUAUAAUAGAUAGAAAGGAAUACGCGAAAGAAAAGGGUCUUUGCUUUGGCUGCUUAACGCAAGGACACAUAUCUAAACACUGCAAAAGGAGAAAAACUUGUACAACGUGCAAGAAGUCGCAUCCAACAUCCCUCCAUGGAGAUCUUAGGAAACCCGAGAACAAUCAGAAUUCCCAAUCCCCUGAAAAUCCCGCUACGACCAACUGCACAAAGACUUGUUUUAUGAACGACGGUAACGAGCAUCAAAUCAGUUCGAUGAUCGUACCCGUGUGGAUUAGUCACGAGCAUAAUCCCGAGUUAGAGAAACUUACCUACGCGCUGCUGGAUGAUCAGUCUGAUACAACCUUUGUUUCGCAGGAAACAUUAAACCACCUUAACGUCAGUGGACCGAAGACACAGCUAUCCUUGUCGACUAUGCACGCGGAGAACGAAUUGCUACCCAGUCAAAGGAUCAAGGGACUAAAAGUCAGUGAUGUUAUGCAUAGCAAGGUUAUUCAACUUCCCACGAGUUUUUCCUGCAUCGCAAUACCAGCAAGACGUCAACAAAUCCCCUGUCCCGAAAUGGCUAAGAAGUGGCCCCAUCUCAGAGACAUUGCCUCACAUCUGAUACAUCCUCAGAACGAUAUCGAAGUAGGACUUUUGAUUGGUUCGAACUGUCCUCAAGCAAUAAUACCGCGCGAAGUUAUUCCCGGUCAGCAAAAUGAACCCUACGCACAAAGAUCUGAUUUGGGCUGGGGAAUAAUCGGCAAUGUUACCAAGCCCACCGAAAACAACGAUGAAAGUUCAGUAGCCAUCGUUCACCGAGUAACUACGCGUAACCCCACAAGCACCAACACGCCACAGCAGAAGACUUGUUAUUUUGCCAUUAAGCCAACUGUGAAGGAAGUUAUUAAUCCUGCUCAGUUGUGCCAAAUGUUAGAGUUGGACUUUUCCGAAAGAAGAAAUUCUGAGCCAUCAAUGUCACAGGACGAUAAGAAAUUCCUAUCUAAGAUGGAUCAAGGUGCGUAUCAAGAAGAAGGUGGCCAUUACGUUAUGCCCCUACCAUUUCGUGAGCUAGUACCAAAGAUGCCCAACAACAAGUCGCUUGCCUUACACCGACUGUCGAAACUACGAAUUCGCUUGGAGAAGAACGAGAAAUAUCGGAAAGAUUACAGCCGCUUUAUGAAUGACCUCAUCGAGAAAAACCAUGCUGAGAGAGUUCCUGAAAGGGAGCUGGAAAAUGAGGACGGCAGCACAUGGUAUAUUCCACAUCAUGGGGUAUACCACCCGCGAAAGCCAGACAAGAUACGCGUCGUCUUUGACUGCAGCGCAGACUACAAGGGUGAAUCCAUUAACCGCCAUCUAUUACAAGGGCCCGAUCUCACAAAUCAACUCGUAGGUGUUCUGUGCCGGUUCAGACAAGAUCCUGUUGCGCUUACUUGCGACGUCGAAUCGAUGUUUCAUCAAUUCAAGGUUAUCGAAGCACACAGAAACUUCCUACGAUUUCUUUGGUUCGAGGACGGCGACAUAACGAAGAACCCGGUGGAGUACAGAAUGACCGUACACCUUUUCGGCGCAGCAUCUUCGCCAGGUUGCGCAAAUUACGGCUUUAAGAAAAUCGCAACAGACCACGAGAGAGAGUUUGGAUCCGAGGCGGCAAGCUUUAUUAAGGACAACUUUUAUGUCGACGACGGCCUAAAGUCGGUCAACACAGCCGAACAUGCGAUUUCUUUGAUUCAGAAAACGAAAGAACUGUGCGCGAAGGGUGGCUUACGACUCCAUAAAUUUGCCUCUAAUUCGAAAGAAGUCAUCGCAGCAAUCCCACCCGAAGAUCGUUCGUGUCAGUUGAAGAACCUCAAUCUCGGAAGCGACCGCCUACCGAUAGAAAGAGCACUGGGAGUGCAGUGGUGUAUCGAGUCCGACGCCCUCCAAUUGCAAAUAACAGUGCAAGACAGCCCAUUGACAAGACGUGGCAUUCUUUCUACCGUCAGUUCAGUAUACGACCCACUUGGUCUUGUGUCACCCGUUGUGCUCAUAGCCAGGCAAAUUCUUCAAGAGCUAUGUCGAGACGGAGCCGACUGGGACGACCCAAUUCCGGAUUCAAUCAAAGUUAGAUGGGAAAGAUGGAGAAGAGAACUUUUCCUACUCAACGACGUAAAAGUACAGAGAAGUUUCAGACCCGAAGGCUUCGAACAACUGAAAUCCGUAGAGCUUCAUCACUUCUCCAACGCUAGUACGUCAGGAUACGGACAAUGUUCCUACGUACGCUUGUUGAACCACGACGGCGAAGUUCACUGUGCACUCGCAAUGGGAAAGUCACGUGUAUCUCCCCUAAAGAACGUCACGAUUCCACGUUUAGAGUUAACCGCAGCGUUAGUUUCUGUCAGAGUAAGCACCAUGCUACACCGUGAACUUGACUAUGAUAAGAUUCUUGACAUCUAUUGGACCGAUAGUAAAGUUGUACUUGGCUACAUUGGUAAUGACGCUCGAAGAUUUCACGUUUACGUUGCGAAUCGCGUACAACAAAUUCGAGAUGAGACCUCUCCAGAGCAGUGGAAAUACGUUGAAAGCAAGGAAAAUCCGGCCGACGACGCAUCGAGGGGAUUAACGGCUCGCGAGUUUCUCGACAGUAAACGCUGGCUUUCAGGACCCCCAUUCCUAUGGAACCGUAAUCUCGACUUGGCCGCUGACGACCACCAACCACUUCCUAGUAACGAUCCCGAAGUGAAGACAAACGUUCUCGUCACCCAAGUAACAUCCAGGAGCUUCUCGACAAUUCCCGAGCGUCUCGAGUACUUUUCGGAUUGGCAUCGUGCUAAAAGAGCCGUAGCCGUAAUCGUAAGAUUUCAACGACGAUGGAAGAAAUCUCACUUGCGACCCGAUGAAGCUCCCAUCAGCUCCACAACCGAAUAUCAAGCAUCGAACGUCGAAGAGCUUCUUCAAGCCGAAGUUGCAAUCGUGAAGCAAGUACAAGAACAAGCGUUCUCAAAGGAAAUCCAAACGUUGCGUUCAAUGCAGAAACCCGAUUCUGGUCAAGACGACGUGCGAAGACGUAAAGCGGUCAUGAAGAAGACCAGUUCGCUUUAUCGCUUGGAUCCAUUUCUCGACAAGGAGGGCGUCCUUCGAGUCGGUGGGCGCCUUACUCGUGCAAACACCCCCUACCAUGUUAAACAUCCGACCAUCUUACCACGAAAGGGACACAUUACUGCAUUAGUGAUCAGGGCCUAUCAUCAACGGGUUAACCACCAAGGACGCGGAAUGACGCUGAAUGAGCUUCGUGCGAGCGGGUAUUGGAUAACUGGUGGAAGUUCCGCUGUUGCUUAUCAUAUUUCCGAGUGCGUUCCAUGCCAGAAACUCCGCGGUUCCACCCAAGAACAGAAAAUGGCCGAUCUACCUCAAGACAGGCUGGAACCAUCACCCCCCUUUACACACUGCGGGGUCGAUUACUUCGGGCCGUGGCUUAUUAAAGAAGGACGACGCGAACUCAAACG